UUCCAAGAGUCUGGUUUUGGUAAAGCUCAGAUCGAUGAGGUGGUGCGUCCGAGUCGAUGUCCGUCGUCGGCGACGAAGAGAUGGAUGGGCUCCGAGCGGCGUAAUUGGCCCGAUUUGACUCAUCGGGUGGGUCUCGCUUGAUCGUUCCCAGAGUCCGUCACGUCACUGACACUGAGACACCGUAACCAUUCGAUAUCGAGUCCGACUCGUCUCUCCGUCCCACCGAACCGCAGAUCAUCUGGCCCCAUUUCUCUCUGCAUUGCCUUAUAUCCUCACCUCCUCUCCGUCUCUCUAGCUUUCUGUACUUUGUAAAAAAGCUUUGGGCGAAUCUCCAAUGGCGACAGCUGCUCUGAGCCCCUCCGACGCCGAGAAGCUCUCCAAGCUCAAGUCCGCCGUCGCUGGACUUGACCAGAUCAGCGAGAACGAGAAGACUGGAUUCAUCAACCUUGUGAGCCGAUAUCUCAGCGGCGAAGCUCAACAUGUUGAAUGGAGCAAGAUCAACACCCCUACCGAUGAGGUGGUGGUUCCGUACGACAACUUGGCACCAACUCCUGAAGAUCCUUCGGAGACCAAGAAGCUCUUGGACAAACUGGUCGUCCUGAAGCUCAACGGAGGCCUCGGGACUACAAUGGGUUGUACUGGUCCAAAGUCUGUCAUUGAAGUUCGUAAUGGUUUAACCUUUCUCGACUUAAUUGUCCAGCAAAUUGAGAAUCUCAAUUCCAAAUAUGGCUGUAGUGUUCCCUUGCUCCUAAUGAACUCAUUCAACACCCAUGAUGACACACAGAAGAUUGUUGAAAAAUACUCCAAUUCAAACAUUGAGAUUCAUACUUUUAACCAGAGCCAGUAUCCUCGCCUAGUUAUUGAAGAUUUCAUGCCACUGCCAUCCAAAGGACAGACUGGCAAAGAUGGAUGGUAUCCUCCUGGCCAUGGUGAUGUUUUCUCGUCCUUAAUGAACAGUGGCAAGCUUGAAGCAUUACUUGCAAAGGGUAAGGAGUAUGUCUUUGUUGCCAACUCAGAUAACUUGGGCGCUAUUGUUGACCUGAAAAUUUUAAACCAUCUGGUCAACAACAAGAAUGAGUACUGCAUGGAGGUGACACCAAAGACCUUGGCUGACGUUAAGGGUGGUACACUCAUCUCCUAUGAAGGAAAGGUGCAGCUCCUUGAGAUUGCUCAGGUCCCCGAUGAACAUGUUAGUGAAUUCAAAUCCAUAGAGAAGUUCAAGAUUUUCAACACCAACAAUUUGUGGGUGAACCUCAAGGCAGUCAAGAGGCUGGUCGAGGCAGAUGCACUCAAGAUGGAAAUCAUUCCAAACCCAAAGGAAGUCGAUGGAAUCAAAGUUCUUCAGCUGGAAACUGCUGCUGGUGCUGCGAUUAGGUUCUUUGAUCGUGCUAUUGGUAUUAAUGUACCACGAUCUCGGUUCCUCCCAGUCAAGGCAACUUCAGAUCUGCUUCUUGUUCAGUCUGACCUAUACACCUUAGCUGAUGGCUUGGUGAUCCGAAAUAGUGCUAGAACAAAUCCUGCCAAUCCAUCGAUUGAGUUGGGACCUGAGUUCAAGAAGGUUGGCAACUUCUUGGGUAGAUUCAAGUCAAUUCCGAGCAUCAUUGGACUUGAUAGUCUUAAGGUUUCCGGUGAUGUAUGGUUCGGUGCUAACGUCACUUUGAAGGGGAAGGUCACUAUUUCGGCAAAACCCGGGGUGAAGUUGGAAAUUCCGGAUGGAGCUAUCCUGGAAAACAAGGAAAUCAAUGGCCCGGAGGACAUCUAGGACAAUCCUUUGCAUAUCUCUCUAACGUGCACUUUUCUGUGAGACAUUCAAGUCGUGAACAUUGGAGUGAUUAGUCUGGAAAAUAAAGUGAAAAGUUUGAAGAAACAAUCAAGAGUGUUUCGGACUGUAUAGGCGAAGUGAUUUUGCCAAUUUUUGAAGCGAAUAAAUUAUCCGCGAGACUUCAAUUUUUCUAAUACGGGUUUCUACCGA